GGUAAGAGAGUACCGACUUCCCGCUCCAUUCUAUCUUUUUCUAGGGUUUAUUGAACCCUGCAAAAUGGUGGUCUCUGCUCUGGUAACUCUCUCUGCGCUGGCAUAUUCGCAUGCAUUGCUGUGAUUAGGUUUGAAUUCUUGAAUCGGUUCAGUGCUGUGUUUUUUGAUUGUGUAUUUUAACUCGGAUUAUGAUAUUAUAGCAUUUUGAAGUACGCUCCUUUCUCGCAAGAGCUUAAAACCCUACGGUUUUCGCUUCGAAAAGCAUGGAAACUACUUCUGGAAUGAUUUUCCAUUACAGGGAACGGAGUUUGUUUGAAUGGAAGAAAGUUAAUUGAGCAUAAUUGUGGGGAGAAACGGAGGAAGAAAAUAAAGGCGGUUGGUCAUUUUUGUAAAGUUGGUUAAUUGUUAGGUGAGCUUUAAAAUGCGACCACCUUUGGCGGGCAAGAACAUGGUGAAUAAAGAUGGAAACGUUGUUCAGAAGGUUUCUGACCACCCUAUUGAUAUGAGGUUGGAGAGGCGAUGGAAGAGAAGAUGCAUUGCUUUUGAAGGUUUCAAGAAAGGUCAUAGUGAUAACAAAAAGAAAGCCUUGAGUGACGUGGAAGUCAAUGUACUGGUAGAUGAAGAUUGCACUGAGUCUUUGAAUGGUUUGGGGGAGAAUGACAAUGCUCAUUUUGCCCAAGAUGAUGAUAUUGACCCUCAUUAUAAGAUGUUCUUGGACCAAUUGAGAGAAAAUGGGAAUUCUUAUGUGCUUGAAGUCAGUAUAGAUGAUGAAAUUUCACAAAUUUUAAAGUACGAAGAAGACGAUGCCCCAUGCAAUGAGCUGAAGCAAAAAAACCUCAAAAAAUUGAGGACCAAUCCAAGUGAGGACAAUAAAACAACUCCAAAGAAGCUGAGGAACGUUGCGAGCAAAGUAAGAAGGGAUUCAGAGGUUGAGAAAAAUAUACAACUGGAACAUACGGAUCUUGUUUCAAGCAAGAAAAAUGAGAACUUGGAUGAAAAAGAUUGUGCCAAAGUUUUUCAUUCUUAUAAACCAGUAUUUGAGCGUGACUUUGUGGAGUCUGGUCUGGUGGACGAAAGCUACCAAGUGUUCCUUAAUUAUCUCAGAUGGGAGGGUGGCAGUCUGGUUUUUGUGCAUGAAGAUGACAAACCAUUGAUUUACGAAGAAGAUGAUGGUAAAAGUUCGUUUGAUUCUGAGGUCUUGGCAGCGGACACUGCUCCAUAUUGCAGUGAAAGAAAAUAUACCCCUUUUGCGGAGGUUGAUGAAGUGUGCUGCAUCAAAACUCACGAGAGAGAUGUUAGUUCCUUAUUUAGAGAUAAUCUUAUGGUUGUUCUUAGAAAGCCUUAUGACCCGAGGGAGUAUGAUGAGCUUUUACAACAUGCAUCUCUCCGAAAGCCAUUGGAACGAUUUAGAGAUUUGCGUGGUAGGAUAAAACCAUAUUCUGCAGAGAGUUGCAGCAAAUCAUAUCUCGAUCACCACCGUGAUCUUGCAAAGGAAAUUGAUUCAUGCCAACCUGAUUGCCAUAAGGUUUUGAAUCUCUUACGUGGAUUUUUCUACUGGUUGCAGAAAUUCAAAUGUAAGGUUUGAAUCCCAUGCCCCACUACGCACCCUUCCACGAACCAUACCUCAUCAAACAAUGGUACCUUUGAAUUCUACUAUUGAGUUUAGGUGAGAAAGAUAACGUCUUCGGUCUUUCUUCACUAGUUUGAAGAGCAAUCCUCUCCUUAUGAGCUUAGCCGGAGGUGGAUACAUCUUUCUGUGUACCUAUGCAGCGUGGAUUGUAGUCUCGCGAAGCCGGUUACCAGAUGGUCUAAGCCCUUUCAGUAAUGUUCGAAGCUGCACGGCAAGGCCUUGAUUGCUCGAGUGGACUCAUGCCUUACGAGUAAGCAAGAGCAAGUAAUCCCGUCAUCUCGUGUAAAUGAGAAGCAAUAGAUAGAGGCGGAGAAGGCGGUUGUUCUCAGGACAAAUGCCAAAGUAAAUGCGCAUAAUAAGCUCUGCAUAUGAAUUCUCGGUCGUCAUAGGAUUUCUUUUGAAUUUUCCCAAUUUUUAUUAAAAUUACCUUGCAUUUUAAUAUUGAGUAGAUGCACAUUGCGGUGACUAUUCUGAAUUUCAAAGGCUUAAGGGGAUGCAAUUGCGUCACUUUUAAGUUUUAUAAUCAGAUUGAUUUUAAGUUUUCUUAUCUUUA